UAAGUUGCAUAAGUUACCUGUUGAACUGGGGAGAUUACACUUGAGCAAGCUCGUCAUCCAUGACAAUAAUCUGGGUGAAAUGGACGAUUGGUCAUUUCUAAAUGGCAGCAAAUUACGAGACUCCCUGCGCGAAUUGGAUUUAUCGGCCAACGAUUUGACAUGUUUGCCUUUGCCUGUGGUCAAGUGCCACAAAUUGGUUAAUUUGAAUCUCAAUUACAAUAAUUUGACUCAUCUACCCUUUGCCAUACGUCGCCUGAGAAGAUUACGCUCGCUUUACGUGUCGGAAAACAAAUUAAAAUCCCUGCCAGCUGCCAUAGAUGAUUUACGUAUUGAAAUCUUGGAUGUUUGGCGUAAUUCAUUCAAGGGUCUCAAUGUCUUGGAGGCUCAUCGCCUGGCCUUUGCUUCCGAUGCGGACGGAGCUUCAACUCAUUCGCCUGAACCUCUCUGGCUUCAAGCUGUGGCCUAAUAUGAACUGCCAAUCGAUUCCCUGCCAGCCUUACUCAUUCAACUAAUUGCCGAGGCACCAAAAUGUUCCUGUGGCAAAUUGUGCGAUGCUUUAGACAAGAAGCACAUUAUCGAACGUGUUGGUCAACCGAAAUUUGUAAAUAUUAAAAAUCUUAAAAUCGAGAGUACAUGAUCUAUUCUGAUGUUGUCAUAUGUGGCAACAAUUGUAGUA